AUGCGUUUUUCAGCCACUACUUUACUUCUAGCUGGUGGGGCUUUGGCAGCACCUGCCUUCCCGGACAACCUCGAAUCUCGACAGAGCUGUCCUAAGGUCCAUGUCUUUGGAGCUCGUGAGACAACAGCACCAGCAGGUUAUGGAACUGCUGGUGUGGUAGUUAACCUCGUUCUUGGAGCAUAUUCAGGCUCGACCGCUGAGGCAAUCGUCUACCCAGCAUGUGGAGGACAAUCUAGCUGCGGAGGACAAUCUUAUGGAAAUUCUGCUCUAGCUGGGACAUCAGCUGUGGCUAAAGCUGUUAAUGCAUACAACACCAAAUGCCCAACCACACAACUUGUGCUUGUUGGAUAUUCACAGGGUGGUCAAAUCAUGGACAACGCCUUCUGCGGUGGAGGUGAUACCAAUAUUGGUCUCUCAAGCACUGCAGUUCCGAUCCAAGCUUCAGCCAUUUCAAUGAUCAAGGCAGCUAUCUUCAUGGGCGACCCACGUUACAUCAGUGGUCUCUCCUACAACGUUGGCACUUGCACAAACCACGGGUUUGCACCACGUCCAGCAGGGUUCCAAUGCCCUUCUGCAGCAAAGGUCAAGUCAUACUGCGACGCUGCAGAUCCAUACUGCUGUAACGGCAGCGAUCAAGCUACUCAUCAAGGAUAUGGCAACAAGUACGGACAACAAGCUCUGACCUUCAUCAAGAGCAAGAUCACAUGA